AAAAAAUGAAGUAAAAUAAUAGAAGAUUCACGAGGCCGGUAAGGAUCAAGAGAAAAGACGAGUGAGCCGACUUGAAAUUUUGGCAUUAUAAACACUAAGAAUAUUUUUUGGAUUUCUAUUUUUUUUUUAUCUUCAAAAAAGACUGGAAUCAUAGGAUUAAGUUAAGAAGUGUAAAACUUUCUAUUACACAUAUCUCUUUUCCAAAUAACGAGUAUUUGAGUCUUUUUGUUUGAGCCGUACGAGAUGAAAUUUUCAUAUACGGUUCUAAGGGGGGUCCCCUGGUUUACCUAUCUCAAUAAAGUCUAUGAUUGGUUCGAAGAACGUCUUGAGAUUCAGGCCAUUGCCGAUGAUAUAACUAGUAAAUAUGUCCCUCCUCAUGUCAAUAUAUUUUAUUGUUUAGGAGGAAUUACACUUACUUGUUUUUUAGUGCAAGUAGCGACGGGUUUUGCUAUGACUUUUUAUUAUCGUCCAACCGUUACGGAGGCUUUUGCUUCUGUUCAAUAUAUAAUGACUGAGGCUAACUUUGGUUGGUUAAUCCGAUCAGUUCAUCGAUGGUCAGCAAGUAUGAUGGUCUUAAUGAUGAUCUUGCACGUAUUUCGCGUGUAUCUCACUGGUGGUUUUAAAAAACCUCGUGAAUUGACUUGGGUUACAGGUGUAGUUUUGGGUGUAUUGACUGCAUCCUUCGGUGUAACUGGUUAUUCUUUACCUUGGGACCAAAUCGGUUAUUGGGCAGUCAAAAUUGUAACAGGUGUACCCGACGCUAUUCCUGUAAUAGGAUCCUCGGUGGUAGAGUUAUUGCGCGGCAGCGCUAGUGUGGGACAAUCUACCUUGACUCGUUUUUAUAGUUUACAUACUUUUGUAUUACCUCUUCUUACUGCCGUAUUCAUGUUAAUGCACUUUCCAAUGAUACGUAAGCAAGGAAUUUCUGGAUGCAUCUAUAAGAAUUCACCUAUCCCAAUAACAAAAAAACCUGACUUGACUGAUCCUGUAUUAAGAGCUAAAUUGGCCAAAGGGAUGGGUCAUAAUUAUUAUGGCGAACCCGCAUGGCCUAACGAUCUUUUAUAUAUUUUUCCAGUAGUGAUUCUGGGGACUAUUGCCUGUAACGUGGGCUUAGCGGUUCUCGAACCAUCAAUGAUUGGGGAACCCGCGGAUCCGUUUGCAACUCCUUUGGAAAUAUUACCCGAAUGGUAUUUUUUUCCCGUAUUUCAAAUACUUCGUACCGUACCCAAUAAAUUAUUGGGCGUUCUUUUAAUGGUUUCAGUACCCGCGGGAUUAUUAACAGUACCCUUUUUGGAGAAUGUUAAUAAGUUCCAAAACCCAUUUCGGCGUCCAGUAGCAACAACUGUCUUUUUGAUUGGUACCGUCGUGGCUCUUUGGUUGGGUAUUGGAGCAACAUUACCUAUUGAAAAAUCCCUAACGUUAGGUCUUUUUUAA